GACUGCAGACACAGUACAGGAGAUGACCAGAGACUGUGGACACAGUACAGGAGAUGACCAGAGACUGCGGACAGUACAGGAGAUGACCAGAGACUGCGGACACAGUACAGGAAUGAGCAGAGACUGCGGACACAGUACAGGAAUGACCAGAGACUGCGGACAUAGUGCAGGGAAUGACCAGAGACUGCGGACAACAGUGCAGGGAAUGACCAGAGACUGCGGACAGUGCAGGGAAUGACCAGAGACUGCGGACAGUGCAGGAAUGACCAGAGACUGCAGACAGUGCAGGGAACGACCAGAGACUGCAGACAGUGCAGGGAAUGAGCAGAGACUGCAGACAGUGCAGGGAAUGACCAGAGACUGCAGACAACAGUGCAGGGAACGACCAGAGACUGCAGACAGUGCAGGGAACGACCAGAGACUGCAGACAGUGCAGGGAACGACCAGAGACUGCAGACAGUGCAGGGAACGACCA